AUACAGGUAAAGUGAGAAAGGGGUCAAACACCGUUGGAAACAUCCAAGUUACAUGUAUUAUACAAAUACUGCAUUUUCUUUUAAAUUAACCCCAGGAACACGUGUGAAAAUAAUUUCUUCUAUACAAAGGUACAUGUAUAUUAACUCUAUUCAGAAUGGAUAUAAGAGGUAUUAUUUGAUUCUUAUUCCAUCGGGAUAACUUUAUUCGUCAUUUCUGAACACACAGCCAAGAGACAUGAAGUUGGUUGCAGCACUUGCUAUUUUGUGUGGAUGGACAUACUCGGUAUCGGCGGACGGUAAGUGUGGACGGGGCUGGGUCCAAUACAGAGAUUCCUGCUAUUUCAUCAGUGAACGUCAGAAGUUCACCUGGUUCGAUGCCUGGAAUGCGUGCUGGAUCCUACAAGGCUAUCCCGUAGAGAUUUCAUCAAAAAAUGAGCAGAAGUUCCUCGGCGAGAAAAUGGGCGAUGGAGCUUACCACACGGGAGGGAAUGAGGUACUCGGCAGACUUAUUUGGCACACAGGGUUACGGCGUUUCGGGUACAAGUCACUCGACUGGAGAGGCAGUGAUAAAAAGAAAUUCCGUAACCGGAAGUGUGUAGCGGCCAUGCGCAUCCGCGGGAAAAUGAGGCUUAUCAAGAAAAGAUGCCAUUCUUUAGAGAAAAUCAUUUGUGAAAGACCAGUCAAUCUGUUUAAAUGGUAUUCCCCGUGAUUCACAAAGAGUGUUACUGUAUAAUUAUCGGGCAAAUAAAGUUUUCAUUAGUUAGUUUUGGUACGUGUUUCUUUCCAUGUGUUUGAUCUGGUAUGUCUCUUAUUAGG